CAACACCCCCAAUCUAUUUUCCUGGAGGGGGGACAGGAAGCUGCUGCGAUGCAGGGAGGAAGCAAUUCCCUUUUCUCAGAUGCCCAUCUCCCCACCAGGAUUCUCAUUCCCUGUGUGCUGGUACUAUAGGAUGGCCCCUGUGGGCUCCCAGCACUAAGGUUGAGUCUCUCUGGGCAGAUGGACCCUUCUGGAAUGGCCAUGUUGGGAACAGUGCCAUGGUGUCCCCAUGAUGGCAUCUCCCUGCCAGGCACUGUCUUCCUGCCCACAUAUGCUGAGCUGGGGCAAUGCUAUCAUGGGGACACAAGGACAGGGGAGGGGUCAGGUGCUGCUCACUGUCCCUGCUGCAGCCAGGAGAUACCUGGGGGGCUGGCUGUGGGGACCAACAGGUGUCUGGGAUGGAGACACAGGUGGUAGCAUUGAGGUGCUGGAGUUGUCUCAGUGUGAGUGUGGAGAGGUGGGCAGCCCGUGUAUGAGGGCACAGUGGGUGGCUCAUUUCCUGCCAUGGUAAUCACUGCUAAUUGGCUUUGCCCUCCUGGGGGGGAAGGAGGGGGCAGGUAAGAAGAUUUCCUGGCCUCCUUCUUAAGGGCUGGCUGAUCCCCAGCCCUGCUCCUGCUGCCAUCACCAGACCUCGGCCCCAUGCCACGCUCGAGGGGGGACAAGGGGGCCCCCAAGAACACUGAAGCCUCAAGCAAAGGGAAGCGGGGGGAGGUGGAUGAGAGGCCCCCCAAAGCCGCUGAGGCGGGUGGCCCCCCAGGCAGCCCCAACACUGAAACCCAGCAUGGAUGCCAUGGGCAGAAGAACAGCAAGAAAGGAGCCGGGGACCCCCACACUGCCAGCACCAAGGCAUAUUCACCAUUCCUCAACAUGGUGUUUGGAAAGGAGCGGGAGCUGUCACCGGAAGAACUGGAUGAGCUGCUGGAUGCCUUCAAGGAGUUUGACACCGACCAGGAUGGUUUCAUCAGCUACAAGGAUUUGGGUGCCUGUAUGCGCACGCUGGGAUAUAUGCCCACUGAGAUGGAGCUCAUAGAGAUCUCCCAGCACAUCAAAAUGAGGAUGGGUGGCCGUGUGGACUUUGAGGACUUUGUGCAGAUGAUGGGGCCAAAGCUGCGGGAGGAGACGGCUCAUAUGGUGGGUGUGAGGGAGCUGAAGAUCGCCUUCCGUGAGUUUGAUGUGAAUGGGGAUGGAGAGAUCAGCAGUGCAGAGAUGCGGCAGGCCAUCACGGCGCUGCUGGGCGAGCAGCUGAAGGCACAGGAGGUUGAUGAGAUCCUGCAGGAUGUGGACCUCAAUGGGGAUGGCCAUGUGGACUUCGAUGAGUUCGUCAUGAUGCUGUCUUCCCGGUAAUGAAGCUGUGGGGGAGGAGGGGGCCCAGGACUGCCGCCUUUCCCUAGCACUGCUCCAGCCAUCAGUAGGGUUCAGAGCAAAUGUUGGGAAACACAGUGCGGCAGGGGGCCCCCCAAUAAAGCUACUUGCUCGGACCGGAAGGAUGGUGGUGGUCCUUGGGGGAGGGGAGAGGUGGGAUGUACGGUGGGGAAGGGGGUUGCUGCUAUAAGGGGACCCAAGGGACUGCCACCCCAAAAAGGGACAAUGAAACCCCAGGUGCCCUGGGUACUGCACUGGGGGAGGACACAGAGCUCUUGCAGGGGUCAGUGGUGGGCAGAAGAGGAGAUGGGACCCUGCAGCAGGUGAUGAGGAGGAAGAAAAAGAGGGGACCUCCCCCAUGGUGAUACUUUCAUCCAGAAACUGAACUGGGCGGCUCAGUCAAUAGAGAAUUAGACCUCUUAAUCUGAUGGUCCAGAGUUCAAGUACCUGCUCAGAGGCUGCCCCCUCUCUUGGGGCUGGAGGAGUCCUGUGUCCCAGCAGUGACAGAUCCCAGAGGGCCUCCAAAGCACAGUGCCUGCUCUCCCAAACCCCACAGGAGGGAACCCUUCAAAACCAGCACACACACAUGGUGAUUGGGGAAUCCACAGAUUUUAAUUUAGUUGUUUUCCUAGAGAUAAAGAGGGGGAUGGGGAAAAA